CCUGCCAUCACCCCACAAGGGUUCACCACACCAACCCUUCUCUCUCGAAAUUCGAAUCACACUCCCUACUUACCUAACACUCCGAAUUUUAAAACACCAACUAAACAAAAUUUUAUAUAACCGCUAAGUACACAACCACCUACGACCAAACACCAUGCUGACUCGGCCCUUCAGGAACUAAUUUCACGACCCUGCUUCCAAAGGGAACACUGUUAAUUAUAUUUGAACACGAAAAUUGCCUACAUUAAAAAAACACCACUCAUUAAUCUUAAGGACAAAUAUUUUCUAAAUCUAUAUUCGGGGCAUAAAAUCUAUUUGUACAGCAAUUUAAAAGGUGUUCAUUUUCACCAAAUACUCGAAUUUGCACGAAAAUAUCCAAAAUUCGCCGCUCAUGAAUAAUUAUCUUUCCCAGAAAUAGUGAUAAAGCGAAACAUUUUUCUACUAAACUAAAUUGUUUUUAAAAUCAAGCAAUUUAGCAACAUAUUUCAUACCUAAUAAUGUCACCUCUAACAGAUUUAUUUUCAAAAAUACUCUGUAACUGUAACAAUUAGAAAAUCAAUCCAGAAGAAAAAUAAUCAGCACGAAAUAUCACUCAACCAGUAACAAAAUGUUACUCAGAUGGUUUAAUAACUCGCGUUCUAAUCGUUUUUUAAACUUAAUUUUCGUGGAUAAUCAGGGGUUCGGACAAAAAUAACGGAAAUAAGCGCUAAAAUAAGCUUUAAUUAUUCUAAUUAAUACCGAAAGAUCGCAUCAAGUUUUUUGACAUAAUUUUUUUCUGACCGCAGGCAUUUUACGUUUUCUAAGAUGCCAACUUCUUAUUGUUUUAAGAAAUAUAGGAAUCUCCUCCAGAAACGCAAAUAAUUCUGCGAUUUAAAUUGUAAUCACGACGGUUUGUAAACUUUUAUCUGACCUACACUACGAACCGUUUUUUUUUGUAUUUUGUGUAAAAUGUAUGAAAAUUCUGUACCUAUACGUAAGUGAAUAUGACCCUGACCCGAGGCAAAUAAUAAAAAUGAAUUAUACUUUAAGUAGUGAUUGUUAAAUGCAGGUAAUGAUUGAAGUAUUUAGCUUUUUAAUGGGAUUAUUGUGCAAUCAAUUUUCAUUAUGUUUGCUGCAAAUUAAUCCCGGUAAUUUUUAAAGGAGGUGGCACAAUUCUGCUAAAAUAAUAGCAGAAUAGAAAUUGUAAUUGAACUUAAACACACACGUGUAGACGACAGUUGUUUUGUGCAUUAUCCGCGACACAAACAUUUGUCCAGUGAUGAUUAUUUUAAUAUCAUUUGAUGAGUUCGUAUAGAUUUCAAAGCGAUACAUGCGAGUCAAUAUUGCUUCUAGAGUAAUUCAGUAAACUGUUUAAAAUGGAUUAGUGGCCAAAUAUGUAGAUUGGGUGUACAAAGCGAGAUUAAAUUGAGUAUUAAACGAUAGAGGAUGCGUACCAUCCGCUCACUUUCUUCAGAAUUUCCGAUUCGUGCCGCUUUCUUUUCUAAAAAUACUGAUGCGCAUAAUUUGGUAUUUACAUUUCAAUUAGAGACAAAUACGUAUUAUUUUAUUGAUGUAUAAUUAAUGGCCUGUGGUUGUGGUUUCUAGAAAAUCGUCGAUACUUGUUCCGCGCUACAUUUUCAAAUACCGUUUCUUGUGACGUGUCUAAAGUGCCGCGCUUUGACCAACGGAAGAAACAUGUGCGUAGCUUUAGCCACCAGUCGUGUUAAAAAAACAGUGGAGUAACGAAACGAGGAAAUUCUUCGUUAGCGUUUGCAAGUUUUCCGACAAAAGUGAAGAAAAUCACGCACGAUAUGUGAAGUACCAGUUUAUUUACGCGAAUUGGCAAUAAUAAUGGCCCCGACUGUGGGAGGACGCACUUAACCUGCAAUAAAUAUUUAUGUUGGGCUAUAAAUGAAGUGGAAACAAUUUAUCUCAGUGUGUUCCCCAUCCCAACGACGAAAAUAAUGCUGCUUGAGGGCGCAAGGCACCGAUCGCUGGGCCCCCGGAAAUAUUAAAAAGCAAUUCAUGUGAGAACUGGCCAAGAUGAGUCACAAUAACAGUGACCAAACACCUCUUUCCCAGCCACUGAAGGUAGAGACGGACAAUAACAGUGUGCACGCCGAAACUGCGAAUUACUACGAGGAGGAUAAGGACAAUUUCAAUCAGGGCAAUGAUAACGAAGACAGCGACUCGCUGGGACCCCUGCCCCCGAAGUGGGAGAAGGCCUACACUGAAAGUGGAGAAGUUUACUUCAUUGACCACUCCACGGGCACGUCGCAUUGGCUGGACCCCCGCUUGUCGAAGUUCCAGAAGAAGUCGCUCGAAGACUGUCUGGACGACGAACUGCCCUACGGCUGGGAGAAGAUCAGCGACCCGAACUACGGCACCUACUUCAUAGACCACGUAAAUCGGCGAACUCAGUACGAAAACCCUGUGAUACAAGCGAAAAGAGCCGCAUCUCAAGCCUCCGCUCGUGCGAGUCGGACGUCGUUCACGAAGGAUCCGGCGGAGCUGUGCGGGCAGCGGUUCCGCACGUCCCUUGUCAAGUCUUCUAGAGGUUUAGGCUUCACGAUUGUCGGCGGCGAUGACGGCGUUGACGAGUUUUUACAGAUUAAAUCUGUGGUUCCUAAAGGACCGGCUUGGCUGGAUGGGAAACUUCAAACGGGAGACGUCAUUGUCUACGUUAAUGAUACUUGCGUUUUGGGGUACACUCACAUUCAGAUUGUUCGGUUGUUUCAAUCGAUUAAUGUCGGUUCGACUGUCUCGCUUGAAGUUUGCCGAGGGUACCCUCUUCCGUUCGACCCUAAUGACCCCAAUACUGAAGUUGUGACUACGAUCGCUGUGGACUCGCAUUUACAGCAAGUCGCGGCUGAUAAGAGGCUUCUAGACACGAAUUAUAAUUUCUUAGACGGGGACGAUAUGUCGCGGGAGGAAGACAACACACUUGAGCCGUCAGACGACAUCGAUGAUUUAAUCAAAGGAAUCGGAAACUGUACUUUGGGGAAAGUUGAAGUUAGGGUGCGCAUAGUUAAGGGCAAUCUCGGAUUUGGGUUCACAAUAGCCGACAGUGCUUGUGGUCAAAGAGUCAAGCAGAUACUUGACAGACAGCGGUGCAAGAACCUGAUGGAAGGCGAUAUUUUAUUAGAGAUAAACGACAUUUCUUUGAUCAACAUGUCGCACGACGAAGUCGUGCAAGUCCUGAAGAACUGUCCUUACAACAGCGAAGCUACAAUUUGUGUUCAGAGAGGAUGCACAAACAAAACACCAAAUAUUAGAAAUAAGUUACGUAAAUUAGACAAUAGGUUCAGCGGUAAAGAUAUCAACAAUGCCUACCGCAGCAAAACACCAACUGCUGAUAUCUACAGCACUCAACCGCGGGAAGUUUUACCAAGUCGUCCAAAGACACCGCUCGUUGACACGCGGAGCCUUUCGAAAACACCAGUCAAAGACCUCAACUCGAACUCAAACAAUGAACUCUACGACAACUUCACUGCCGACCGUUCCAGACUAAGACUAUCACUCAUCGAUAACCCCGAGGAAGAAGACGACUUAGACAUAUCAGAAAACGGGCCAACCAAACCCUCCUACGAAUACCCCCCGCCUGUGGUCGACCCCAAAUACACCUGGGGCAUGCUGAUGAUGCACCAGUACGACUGCACGUGCUACAACUGUACAAACCCGCGCCCAGCGGUCGAAAACUGCGACAGCUUCGACCACAGCAACCUGAAGAAAAACGUCGGGAUGGACUACUGGCAGUACAUGCCGCGAAACGCCGAAUACGUCACCACAACGGUGGUGUUGCACCGGCAGGAAACCGGCUUCGGCUUCCGGAUCGUUGGCGGAAUCGAGGACAAGUCCCAAGUGGCGGUUGGACACAUAGUCGCAGGAGGGGCCGCAGACAUGGACGGCCGCAUUCGGUCAGGGGACGAAAUCGUCAGUGUUGACGGUUACUCAGUGUUGAAAGCUUCGCACCGCCAAGUCGUUCGGCUGAUGAACGCGGCGGCGGCGCGAGGUCAGGUCACCUUGGUCGUCCGGAGACGCGUCUACCCGCCACAGCCCGUCAUGGCCCCCUAUCCCAUGAACUGGCCCCACGAAAACCCGCCACCGCCCCCAGCUUCGCACUUGUCGGUCAUGCCGCCCCCACACGCUGAGGGCAACUACGACGUCACGGUGCAGCGGAACGAAAACGAAGGCUUCGGGUUUGUCAUCAUCUCGUCAGCCAACAAGCAAGGCUCCACCAUCGGGCGGCUGAUCGAGGACAGCCCGGCGGAGAAGUGCGGCCGCCUGCGAGUUGGCGACCACAUAGUUGCAGUCAACCACAUUGCGAUUAUGCACAUGAGUCACGGUGAUAUUGUUAAUCUGAUAAAAGAGUCGGGCUUGUCCGUUACUCUCACGAUUACUCCCAGUUUCGAUCUUUGAUAUGUUAAUGGUAAAUCGAGUUUUUUCGCGAAAUCAAAAAAGUUUUUCAGUAAAGUGUUCUGGAUUUAAAAUGUUAUCGAAUCGAAUAUUUAUAAGAAAUUUAUCGUUGCCUUAUACCAAAUUGUAUUAAGAUUUGUGAUAUUGGUUUGAUCGCACUGCCUUGACGAAACUAGAAAUUCAAAUGUUUCGUUUGUCUGACGCGACUGAUUUUUGUUUUAUUUUAAUUUAUUUUUAAUCAAAACCAAUGUGAUGGUUGUCGGCUCUAAAUCAAUUGAUGCAUUUUGCUCAAAAACAGUUUAUUGUUAACGUAUUUUUAAAAUUAAUAGCUCAUUAGAAGUAAUGUAGGGUAUGUAAAAUCACUGAAUCUCAGCAUGUAAUAAUCGUCAAUAUUUUUGUUACCUUUAAAACUUGUACUUGCUACAUUAUUUAUUGUAUAUUUUUUAUUCUUUGUUUUAUAAUACUUUAAUUUUAUGUUACCUCCCUAUAUUAUACCUAGAUUAAGUUAUUAUAAAAUAUUGCAAUAUAAUCUAACCAAAUACUAUAAAUAGGCGUGUUUGGCGGUAGAAAGUCUCAAUUUGGUUAUUUUCGAAUCUUAGUGGGCUUGUCCACAGGUGAUCUCGUGGCUCCGUAAAGCCAACUACUCUAUAAUCAAAAACUCUGUAGCUCAGUAGGCCAUAAACUGUAUUACUAAUUUUAUCUCACUUGGUAGAAUCUUAACACGCGGAGUUUUUCUCCCAUCAAUUAUGGCAUAAAAACUUCGCGUCGCACGGUAUAAUUAUAUGAUUAUGUGAUACACAGUUAUUUUAUAUUUAGCAAUAUUAUGAAUUUACGUAUUGUGCCUUUAAUUAUAACUUGCCGUUAAUUUAUCUUAUGUAUCUUGAGUCUGUGUAAAGUCGUUCCUUGGUGGCAAAACAGGUGUUAUUAAUAAAAUUCAUUCCGGCCAGAGCAUUUGAAAUUUAUUACUAGACUGAUUAUGUGUAAAAAGUUGUAUAGUACUCACAAAUAUAUUCGUUACGAUUU